ACAGAUCUACAAGCUAGCAAGAUGGAACUCAGUAAAAUGUUUAGCUGUGUCGUCAAGGUAAAAAAAGAACCCAUUGGAUCGCUUAUGGAAAAUGAGUACGGUAUUAUUGACAAGACUCUCGAUGUAAAAAGUGCUCGAUUUUUCAGAUGUCCGCAAGAUAAUCUAAUUCACAUGCUUCAAAAAUCUGACGAAAAUCAUCAAGGUAAUCUUGAUGAGGUGAAAAUCGAGUUUGAAUGUAAGGACAUGAAGCCCGACGUGAAUUUAUUAGUGGUUACAAAAAUUGAGGAUUGUUUACAAAAUAAUUUUCAGGAUUUGAAAAAUAGCAAUAUUGAUCAAGUUCAAAACAAAAUUAAAGUAGAAACUUUGGGAGCAGUAAAAAAAGAAUCUAUCGUAGACGGCGCAAAAAAAUUGAAUAUGGAUUUCGACUGUGGUCUCAGCGAGCCAAGAGAGGAAAACAGUGUCACAAAAGAGUUGACCGAUAACUAUAGACUUGAAACGCAAAUCAUAACAACGCGUAGUGGUACUGGCAUUGCUUGUGAUGCAUGUGGAAAGUCAUAUACAUGGAAUAAAAGUCUCAAAAAACACAUCGAUUCGGUGCAUAACAAAAUCGCACACGCAUGUGAUACAUGCGGCAAGAAAUUCACAACUAAGAGUAGUCUCAAAAUCCACAUCGAUUCGGUGCAUCAUAAAGUCACUCAUGCAUGUGAUAUUUGCGAAAAGUCAUUUACUGAUAAAAGUAAUCUCAAAAAACACAUCGAUUCGGCGCAUAUUCGAUACACAAUGGUAUCAAACAUUCAUGUGAUUUAUGCGGAAAAAUGUUUAAUCAAAAGGGUCUUCUCAAAAGACAUGUAA